GUGACGGUGGUGGCGGUGCCACGCUCCGCGGUCACGGCGCGCUCGUCUACCUCCUCACUCUGCUCGGCGGCAUCAGCAACCUGCUCUACGGCUACGACACGGGCGUGGUGUCAGGCGCUAUGCUGCUGGUGCGCCGCCAGUUCCUGCUGACCGACUUCUGACACGAGCUGAUAGUGUCCGCCACGGUCGGCGCCGCCGGCGUGGCAGCACUGCUCGGCGGCCAGCUGGCCGACCGAUUUGGACGCAAGCCGGUCCUGCUUUGCGCCGGUGUUCUGUUCCUAGCCGGCUCGCUGGUCAUGGCGCUGGCCGGCGGCAAGGAGGUGCUGCUAGUCGGUCGGCUAGUGGUCGGGAUCGCCGUGGGUCUCUCCAGCAUGGCGGUGCCCAUGUACGUGUCCGAGUCGGCGCCAGUCGCUAUCCGCGGCCGUCUCGUCACACUUACAGCGUCGGCAAUCACGCUCGGGACGUUGGUAGCAUCACUGGUGUGUGGCGCUCUCUCUGGUGUCGGCGAGGGCUGGCGUUGGAUGCUGGGCCUGGGUGUUGUGCCGGCUGUCCUGCAGCUGGUUGGGUUCACGUUCAUGCCGGAGACACCGCGCUUUCUGGUCUCCAGGGGCCGGGACGAGCAGGCCCGCCAGGUGCUGCGCCGGCUGCGCGGCGACGGUGCGCACGUCCAGCACGAGUACGAGACGAUCAAGGCUGACUUUGACGCGCAGGAGGCACUACUCCGAGAGAGGGCGGCGGCCGGCGGCGGCGGGUCGGUGCUGACGCAGCUGGUGCGCGAGCCAUCCACGCGACGCGCCCUGUUCGCCGGCUGCUGCCUUCAGAUGUUCCAGCAGGUGUCGGGCGUCAACACCGUGGUUUACUACAGUGCCAGCAUCAUCACGCUGGCCGGCGUGCGCGAGGCGAGCAUGGCCAUCUGGCUCUCCUCCAUCCCCAAUCUACUCAGCUUCCUGGCCAAGUUCGUGAGCUUGGCGCUGGUGGAGCGCGCCGGACGCCGGCCCAUCCUGCUCUGGAGUGCCCUCGGCCCGGCGCUGGCGCUGCUGCUGCUCGGCGCCGGCUUCCAACUUAGCGCCAGCGCCUCUCCGGCCGUUAGUGUGGCCGGGCCGGCCGGCUGCGCGGCGAGCACCUGCGACGCCUGCGAGCGCGCCGGCGUCUGUGGCUUCUGCUUCCAGGAUCUGGCGGCCGGGCCGGUCAACGGCUCCUGCCUGCCGAUCGUCUCUUCCUACAACUCGUCGGCGGCGGCCGGCCGCUGCGCCGACGCCGCUGCGCUGGGUGUGGAUGGGCUCACCUGGGCGCCCGACUGGUGCCCCACCGACUAUGCAUGGCUGCCCAUCACUGGCAUGUUCUUCUACAUCUCGGUUUACUCGCCUGGCCUUGGCGCCAUGCCGUGGACCAUCACCUCCGAGAUCUUCCCGCUGUGGGCCCGCAGCACCUGUAUCUCCAUAACCACGGCCGUCAAGUGGUUCUUCAACUUGCUCGUAUCGCUGACGUUCUUAACUCUGACGCACGCCAUCACGCGCCAGGGCACGUUCUAUCUCUUCUGCGGCUGCACAGCCGUCGGCCUGGUCGUGUUCUUCAUGGCCGUGCCGGAGACGCGGGGGGUGCGGCUGGAGGAGAUGCCUGCGCUCUUCUCGCAGCCCUGGGGCCUCCACGCGCCGCGGCGUGCCCCGUCAGACCGGCCGAGCCCGCAGCCGUAUGACAAUAAGGCGUGCGACUCGUCCUGAUGGGUGUAUGAUUAUCAGGGGAACUGUGUGUAACGUUCUAGGUGUUUUGAGCAUACAUGUGCACCAGUCUUUUGCGUCGGUGUGUUGAUAAAUGAAUUUGGACGUGCUUAAAGUCCGUGGCCUGUUGAAGUGUGAUAGAUAAUUGACUAGAGGUAGCGCACUGGACUGAUUCCAAGCUUCUGCUGCAAACGCUCCAGCUGCUUCAUUUGCUGACAUUUCAACAAGUGCGCAUGCCUCUAUCAGCAAUAACUCGUCCAUGAAUUUUCAAACUUCAUCGUACUAUGCAGCUCCCCGACAAUCUAUCGCAUGCCCAGUCAUGUUGCUUCUCCUUAUCGAUAUCAAGACAUGUUUUCCUCGAUGAGAGUCAAGACAUGGCGACUGUUGCGCCUGAGUCAGCCAGGCGACAUUCCGUCCAUUCACUGCGGUUACCGAGCUUUGAACAACAGCGGAGUAUGGACGUUGGAACUCUCAGGUCUCGUCUGGUGCUACACAUAAUACGCAUCGCAUCGCCUCCGCAUGCUCAGAGCAAACAUGAACACCAGUUGUAAGCACA